AUGGGCGCCGCACCGAGCCGCGAAACAAUCGAGCACUCGCUGCCGCAGCCGCCCUUCUAUGGCCAGCGGCAGCAAAUCGUACUCAUUCCCCUGCUUAAGAAGUUCUUCCCCAGCGCCGACUGCCCGUUGUUUGUGCAACUGUACGAGGCACGCUGCGACCCGGCGGUGCGCUACUACUUCUACGCAGAUGACGGGGCGGAGGGCAUCUCGUGCAGGCCGCCGACCUCCCCACUCGCACCGGUGGUGCACCCCGCGGCGGAGUGCUGCGGCGAUGACGAGUCCCCGCUGUACCUCGCCGACAAGGUGGGCAGCGCUCCGUUUCAUUGCCCACCGAUGGAGAUCUUCCCUGCCAUUCCGUUCUCGCGCGAGGCGAUGUACGACGCCUAUGUGACCAAUGGCGGGGAGAAGCUGGUGUACGCCACGAAUGCGGAGAUGCUGCGCGCCUACCGUGCCGAUCCCAGCGCGGUGCGGCCGAUGCCGUGUGCGGUGGCAUUCCUGUACCACAAAUCGACGUCGAACCAUACCGCCGCCGCUGCUGCUGGUGGUGGUGCGACAGCGACUGCUACGUCGACUGUACAUGUUGGGACGAGUAGUGUGCCGGACGACUGCUCCGAAGUGCUGGGGUGCUACGUGAAGGCCACAGGCUUCGUAGGCGACGUCCACGGCUUCGGCCGCCGACACCACCACGACCACCACCGUCGCGGAGAGGAAACCGCAAGCACGCCCUACGAAAUGCAGAUGUUCCUGACCAAGUCCGCCGGCGAUCACAACCGAACGCACGUGCUGCUCUCGGCGAUCUACACGUACGCGGAGCAGUGGCAGCGCGCCUGUCUGCACUGCGUCCCGCACGACCUCACAGGUCAACACGCUCACCCCAACGCCCACCAUAGCCAUAAAAAGUCCGCAGCGGAUGACCAGGGCAAACUCGAUGAUGCGUCCUUCUUUUACAAGCCCUUUGCGCAGACACACGAGAUGCUGGCGGAGGCGAGCCGCGCGGGCGGCCACCAUCCACACCCUCUUCACGAAGCAGAAGGCGAAAAUGAUGCUGCGGCUGCUGCGAUGAACGCGAACACCAUUGGGGGCGAUGAGAAACAAGACGAGGCCGUCGGAGACGCUGCUGCCGGUGCGGGUGCUAGUACGCACGCCGCUGAUCCUCCACACGUCAAGGCGCGCUACUGGGCGCCGCCGCCGCUCUCCGCCCUUGUCCUGCGCAGCCGCCGCGCCAACGUGCCGCUUCUCUGCUUCCUGCGCGAGGUGCGUGCCUGCAUCGCGAACAUGUUCCUCUUUCACGUGCAGUACUACUACCAUGAGCACCAGCAGGAGCAGCAGCCGCAGCAUCGAGAGUCCACCGAGGAAAUGGUGGCGGCUGCGGCGGUGGGCGGCGACGUGAGUGCCCGGCCUACCCGACACCCCGACAUGCUGCCGCCCGGGUGUUGGCUCAUGUGGCUGCAGAGCACGCUGACCUCGUCUGCUGACACGGCAGAAACGGGUGACGAGUCGGUACUGAACGUGCACUGCACGGCGCAGUUUAUGCAGUCCAUUGUGGAGUACAUCGUGGCCUGUCUGCUGCACAAUUUGAGCCCUUUGGAGGCGUUCCGCACCCAGCCCAGCCACGGAGCCGCCGCCAACAACAAUACGAAGAGCAGCAGUAGCGGUGACGCCGUCUUGGCCGAUGCGACACACGAUAAGGUGCGCGACCCCGCCGGUGAGGGCGAGGCGUCGGCCGCAGCGACAACAACAAUAAAAAAGCCCGCCGCAGGCAGCGAGGAGGUGGUGGGUGAUGGUGCGAAAGCGAGUGCAGAGGCGGUCGCGACGACGACGGCCGCACUCGUCCCGCACUCCCUCUCUCCCUUCCGCCUGCCGGAUGAGGAGAUGCUGGUGGGCACGUGGCCGCCACGGCCCGUCGACCCGGUAGCCCCGGCGCCGCCCUCCCCCGGCGUCGCGGCGGAUAUUCUGACCCAGUGGAAGAGCCUCUACAGCCGGCACUACCUCUUCUGGGUUGUGGGACCCAACCUGGCGAGUCAACGCUCCGCCACGGUGGCCUUAUUGGAUUGGGUACGGAGGAAAGGAAGCCCGGUGAUGUGGGGUUACCACCUCGACGAGCACGACUGCGAGCUGCCUUCCACGCCGUCAGAGGCGUACCCGAGCAGCAUCGGCCACGCCGUCUACCCAUCAUCGUCCCUGGAGGACUAUCUGUGCACCGUGACGAUCAACGGGGUGGAGGAGGAGAUGAUCCGCGGUGGCACCAUCGUGUGCCUGAUGCCGGUGAUAGACAGCAGCAACAGCACGCCGACAGAGGAGCGCGUGCUGCGUGUGUGCCGGCUACCGUUGGAAGAGUUGUUGCUCGGCGAGCUGCGCAACGCGAGCAAGCUGGCUCGUGAGGCGGGGCCGGAGGACCUGCACUGGGUGCGCCAGAAACUCUCCGCACAAGGCACCUACAAAGGCUGCGUCCUGCGCGCACCGGACCCAGCUGCAGGGGACGCGGCGGUGGCGACCGUUGUGAUCAGCAACGGCGUCGAGCUGCCGGUGGUGCCGCCUGCGGCGGACGGCAUCGUCGGCGAUGGCACGUCGUGCUUGUGGCGGGUGGACUUAGUGGAGGGGCUGAGCCGAAUCAUCGCGGUUACGCCGCCGUUUCUGAAGCCGGUUCGGAAGAAGCACCCCAAGAAGAAGAAGCUGCCGUCGAAGGCGGUCGUCGCGCAGGGGACGGCGACGCUGGUGUUUCUCGCAGCUCCAAAGGCGAGCGCUGACACGGCGGAUGGCACGUGGGAACGGGUGAACGACGCCGCAAAAGAAGCAGAGCUGCACCCCGCUGAGCACAAGAUGGAGCCAGUAAGCGCAACACCGGCCGCAACGCCGCAGCACGCAGCGAAUAAGACACCAGCAUCGACGGUGGGGGAAAAGGUGGUCGCCAGUCCUCAUAACGGACAGACGGCAGCCAUAACAGGUGUCGUUGCCACACCAACCCCGGCGGUCAUGUCCAAGAACCAAAAGAAGAAGGCGAAGAGGGCCGCCGCCGCUGCUGCUGCCGCUGCUCUGGAGAACAACGCUGAGGUGGCCGAAGAGGCGACAACGAACGUGGCGGCGGCACACGAUGCCAGGGAACAACUUUUGCCAACGAAAGACAAGGCUGAGAUUUCGGUCGACACACCACAUCCAGAACCACCGGAGGAUUCUGCGGCUGGUGCUCCUGCAAACACGGAGGCGGCUGCAGCGUCCGACGGCCCACCAAGUUUGGCGGUGACGUCGGCGACGACGACGACCACCACCGCAUCCGCGACGGAGGCCGCCGAGCCGGUGCCGAAGCCUCUCAAAAUCGCCGUCCCACCCCGUCCCAUCCCCGCUGGCGAGAUCGACCCCAACGCUGUUCGCCACAGCCACGCCGCCAGCGCUCACAAAAGUCAAAGCGAACCGCAGCCGUCAUCGGUGGCUCCCUCGACCGUCACCGCCGCCGCCACACCAACGCCGUCGUACGCAGAAAGGGGCAGCUGGGGCUACGGUGCGGGCCACGCCUAUCCAACCGCCUACCCGCCUGGGUACGGCGCCUACGGAGGCGGCGGACCUCCGUCCUACGAUGCCUACCCGCAACCGUUGCCGCCACCACCGCCUCCACUGCCAGGCACGGCGGCAGCAGCAGGUGGGCACAUUGGGUACGACUACGAUACGAACUACGCGUACGGACCGGCCAGAUCAGCAGGCACAAUAUCUCCCUCGCUGCCCCCUCCACCCCCACCACCGUUCCGCGAGCACAGUGGGGGUGGCGAUGGUGGCGAUGGUGGACGUGUACCGCCGGGCUACGGGAACUACUACUACUACCCCCAGUACGGCUAUCCGACCGGCUACGCACAGGGCGGCAGGUAUGCCGGGGACUAUUACGACGCCGGCUAUGGUCCGAUGGAAGGGGAGAGAGGUGUAGGCGGUGUCAGCAACAAUGACAUGCAGGAGCACUACCGGUACAACGAUCGGGCAGUGAAUGUGGCGGGGCAGAUCCACGACGAGCUCCACACGCUGGCCGCACCAGAGGACACAUCCGAUUCGAAGACGACGUCGCUGGCGGAGGAGGAGGGGAGUGGCGCUCAUCCAGGUCAGGUGGCCGUCGCCCGACAGGAAACCGAUUCGUCGCCUCUCCAGCGUCACGUCAGCUUUGGUGUGGAGGCGUUACCGACAGCCACAGCCUCUUCUUCCUCAGCCGCUGUUGCUGCCAACGCCACAGCCUCGUUCUCCUCACGGACAGCGAGGGAGCGCGGCAACCUCAUCCCCCCUCCGUUGCCGCUUUACGAGGACCUGGCUACCAGUCCCACGCUGAGCGCCCAUCGUUCCGCCAAUGGAGACGCGAGCAAGACAAAAGACUCGUUCUUGCGCAGCCCGAAGCAUCGCCAGCAGGGCGUAGGUGACCACCACAAUGUCCCCUCGCCCCGCGACGGCUCACCCCUGCAGUUUCAAUUGGACGACCUCACUUCGCCCGUCCCGAACAACAGCAAUGCCCCGGUGCUGCCUGUGAUCCACCACGCCCGCUACGCCAGCAUCCCCUAUCAGCAGCAGAUAUCAACCUUCGAGGACGUCGGUGUUGCGAGCAGCCCCGGUGCCGGUCCGGCCGGCAGCUCCGUCAACGUGCACGUCCGCGUGCGUCACCACCACCACCACACGCACUCUCCCACCACCAGCUUCUUCAGCGACUUCACGGCAGACAAUGGCAACGGACAUCACCACCAAAACAACACGCAAGGCUCACAGGCGCAAGGGGAGGCCAGCCCGGCGAGUAUGCAUCCCUCACACAGCUUCGCCAGCAUGGGAUCCUGCUCGAUUGUGUUCCAUGGAGUGGGGGGUGGUGCGGCGGGCAGCAACCACGCCGGGUCCAUGCGUGAGCGCGCGAACAGCGGCGUGGGCGGGGACCACUCCACCCCCCGCCACCCGCAUCGCUCGCAUCGCCACCUCGGUAUGGCGAGCAGCACGCACAGCGGCGAGACGACGAGCACGGCUCGACUGAUGGAUAAGCGGAGUGGCACGUAUCGCUGGGACUGGCGCACGGCGGGGCUCGACAUGGGUGACGAAGAUUAA